UUGACAAUAGAUUGAAAGCGUGGCUCGUAGUGACGGUGGAUGAGACGUUGGUAUCCUGUACGCUAUCUUAGAACGCUUUGCCGCGUUUAUUGCCCCCUUCACGCGCCUUGAAAUUCUAUCUCCUUGACCCACAUCAAUAUAUCAGCCGGCAAACACCACACACUAGACGAGUAUGGACUCUGCCGAAGGACAAAGUCUGGUUUGGCCGGCACCAGGCGAUUCUCACGGCGAUCGCCAAGCGGCGUACAAUUGUAGUUGUGGUAACGACGAUCGAGCAAAUGCCUGUUGCUGUUCCGAGUGUCAUGCCAAUCUACGACAAGGAGACGCGCCAUGUAGCUAUCUAGGACGCUGUGUUGAGCCACUGGCAUGGUUAAUCGAGGAUGCUCCAGUUCCACAUCAAAACAACUGUCUGCUUUUUACCGCCCUUCCAAGGGAACUGCGCGAAAUGAUCUACGCCUAUGCGCUCACAGGUGUAGGGCGCUUUCCGACGACCCGUCACAAUAAAUCAAGCGAGACAUGGUCGAACCGGGACAGGAAUAGUCCGAUUCCAACUACAGAUAUCGCAGUCAAUUUAUUGCGUACGUGCCGGGCGAUUUAUUUAGAGACAUAUACACUUCCACUCAGUCUCAACCCUUUUGUUGACUCCACAGACCGGCCGCAAUGGGAGAUGGAGCAGAGGGUAAACAAGUUACUGCCAUGGCAGUUUGCAUGUAUCCAGAGUCUGGAUGUGCAUGUUUCACAAGUCUUUCUCGAAGGCUCAGGACUCUGGGACCGUCUUCUUGCAUGGGAACCGCAGCAACGUCGUUCAAGUGUUUGCAUAGCGCCACAUUCCUACAAGUUUGAAGGACAAACACGACAUAUAACCAAAUUUCCACGGUCUUUCGGCUUUUCACUUCACCCUGCCCACAAGCAUAGCGAACGGCAACGCUUUUCUGACGUAUUUCAACGGACUGACACUCUGCUCGACUUACCUGGGCUUCCCUUAUCUACGGCCAUGCGUGUCAGGUUGGCGAGACCACUUGUUUGUCUUACCCUUCGUCUUUCGCGUACGGACUGGUGGACCUGGACCGAUAAUCCAAACUUGACUGGCGAGACCAAUCAACUGGCUCUCGACCCUGCUAUUGGUGACGGAUCCCAAUACGCGCCUAAACGUCCUACUACUAUUCGUAUGCAGCAACUCGCAGAAGAACGUCGUACUGGACUAUUUCCAAGCGCAAAACAUCAGAGCUCAGCCAAUCGUAGUAAAAGUAGUAAAUCUCAAGAACCAGGUUGGGCUGCUGAGAUUGGACGAUUUCCAGAUUUGAAAAGAUUGGAAUUGGUACUGGAGACGUUCGUGGAAAAACAGCAGCAGUUGGAGAACGUGGUGGAAUGUGCGAAAACAUGGAAGUUCCCAAUAGAGGGUUCGCGGUUCGAGCUGGCGUGGGACGGUCAGAUUGAGGAAAGCAGAUGGGGAAAGGCUAGCGUUGAAUCAACAACCGGCAACGGGCCCCCAUCCAUGUUCACAAGAAGCAUGGAACGUAUUGGACUGCUUAGGAGGCGAAAUGAUAACCAACAAACGACUCCAUGGUUUCUCAAGAGUGCCGAGUUCGAGGUUCGGACUGUUACCUUCUCGCGCAGACGGGCACAACGGAAUAGCAACUCGGAAACAUAGAGACAACGAUAAACGAAAUGAUGAUAGGUGCUCGCAAGGUCUAUGUAGUUGACAGGUCUAUCCCCCGAUUGCGCAUCCCAUGAUACGCCUUCCCAAUCCAAAGCAUCUGUUCGUGCUCUCUUAGAUACCUCUCUCCUCCAAAGGACUUUUCCACAA